AUGAUAUUUGUUGCUCUCAUAUUGGGUGGAGUCGCGAGAACAAGAAAUGGGACUAGAGGCCAGUCUAAUGCCAUGGUUAUCCAAAUGGGUUUUAAAACGUUUGGCUGUGCGACAGGGAGCUCCAUCCUGCAUGAAACUGCAGUUAUUAUUUGGGAACUACUCACGAAGUUGGGUCAAAAGACAUCCAUUAGUGAUGUCCCAAUAUGCAACUUGAUAAAAUUACCUUUUACCAUCUCUAAUCUUCCAGUACUCAUGGCAGAGAUCACAGACCGCACCCUCACCUUGGAGGCCGCCUCCAGAGGCUGCGGACAUAUUUCAGCAAAAGCAGUUGUGCUGAUUUAUUUUUCGGCGUCUUUUGAUCUUCCCUCCGGCUUCUGCUACGCCUUUGGAGUAUCCUUGGCCGCGGCGACUGCUCGUCCUUUAAAAAGACGUGAUUUAUUGAAAGAGACAAAAUCCCUCGGAACCGAAUCAAUCUUGCUUCUCGGGUUUGCUCAUAAUGAAACUUCACGCCUAAAAAUCCGAGCCUCGUACCUCCCUGCCGAGAGCGAUCAGUCAGAAAUCGCUCCCACUGCCGAUCCGCAAUGUGAUUUUCCCCAACUACAUGGCCAACCGACGCUCAGUUCUACCAUCCGAGGCAGCCAAUCAAAAGUUAGUUUUACAAUGUGGCUCUCGAGCGGCUACAAUGACUACUACGGCGAAUACAACUACCAGGAGUAUUACUACGACCAGGAAGCCGAAACGGACCCUCCCGUAUUCUUAGCCGAGCCGAGAACCUUCACGGUGGAGGUCGGACAGACGGUGGUGAUCCCGUGCGACGUCGAGAACAAUGGCAACAACAAGCUGAUCAUCAAGAAGGUGCCGUUCAACGGAGGCAACGAGAAGCUGCUCGCGGUCGGCAACGAGAAGGUGACGCCCGACCGCCGCGUGACGGUGGAGCGCUCGCGCCUCACCAUCUCGCACGCGCGCCCUCGCGACGCCGGCGUGUUCAUCUGCCAGUUCGACCUGGAGCCGCCCCUGCAGCUGCGCCACAGACUGGACGUGCAGUUCGCGCCCUCCGUCAGGUCGCUGGUGCCCCCGGAGCAGCACGUGGCCAAGGGAAAGAGCGUGACCCUGGAGUGCAGGGCGCAGGGCAACCCCGAGCCCGUCAUCCGCUGGUCCCGGCAGGAGGGUCCUCUUCCCUCGGGCCUGCAGAGCGAGCAGGGCCAGAGCCUGACGCUGGAGGAGGUGGACCGCCACGUGGAGGGCACUUACCUCUGCACGGCGGACAACGGCAUCGGCCAGCCCGCCUCCGCCGCCAUGACCGUCACCGUCGAAUACCCGCCGGAAAUCACCACCGAGAAGGCAAUUGUGCGGACGGGCGAGGGCGACCAGGUGGAGCUCGUCUGCGUCGUCCACGGGCGUCCAGCUCCUGACGUGACGUGGACGCGAGACGGCCACCCUCUCCCGGAGAACCAGAUGGAUACCCAGCUGUACAUGCCCAACCACGGCGCCCAUUACGUCCCGCCCACGCCUCACGACCCCCGGGAGGUGCACCUGAGCCAGAUCCGCACGGCCCACCGCCACACGCUCACCAUCAAGCACGUGACGGAGAAGGACUUCGGUGCGUACGUCUGCAUCGCCAAGAACGCCCACGGGCAGAAGGACGCCAUCAUCCAGAUGACAGCCCUCCCCAACACCCCCCACAUCACCAGCAGCCCGAAUGGUGGAGAGAGCGACAUGUAUACACUCACCUGGGAAGCCGAGAGUUACUAUCCUGUGACGGAAUUCAUGAUCAAAUACCGCAAGAAUCACAUGGGUGGAUGGCAUGAGAACCAGACGGUGGUGCUUCGCGGGGGUGACUGGCAGAGCGUCACGCACUCGCUGGAAUCCGAGGAAAGGAACAUGGACAACCUACACACUAUGGCCUUCACCCUCAAGAACCUGGAGAUCGCGACCGACUACGUGGCCGUCGUGAGGGUGAGAAAUAAGUACGGUUGGUCGGCCGAGUCCCCGAACUUCAACUUUUCCACCAAGAAAGCCAUGGCGGUGCUGCAGGCCACCAGCGGCGCCCUUCGCCAAGCAGGACUCCCUCUCGCGGCGCUUCUCCUGACCUUCGCCAUCUUCAGGAUAUAAGGACUUCGACCAAAGGAGGAUCUGCGUCCCCAUGUCAAGAAGCUGUCAAAAGAAAAUGUCCGUGUAAAAGAUGUAUAAACAAUAUUUUUUUCUUCUAUUUUUUCAGUCGUAUUAUUUUUCGUUUGUUCCUCCGAGACGAAAGGGAUAAGGCAUAGUUCUGUGUGACGUCAGAGAGAUGUUUCUUGGAGGCCAGUGAGAGUUCAUCUUCCAGUCUCUAUCGCGUCAUGCCCCAAGUCGGCCCUCGCUCACGGCCGCACAGGCUGCACUCUUCGGCCCUUUAUGGUCUUGAGAGAAUCAGCUGUUGUGAUGACAGGCGAGAAAGUGCAGAGAGAACUACCUUACCAGUCGUUUUUCUUAUAUCCAGUCAAAACCCAGGAACUUCGGACAAAUUAGGUAGUAGGGAUCGAUUUCUCAAGGACAGAUAAAAGGGAAUAUACAGAAUGACGUUGCUUUUACUUCAGAAAUUGUCCUACGUGUUCGUACGGAAUUCUAGUACACAAGUUAUGUAUAGCUGUGACGUGACUCAGUAGCAGCAAACUACAGUUUUGCUGCCUUUAUACAAGCCUGGAAACCUGCAGAAUGUGAAUAUAAGCAGAUCAUUAUGUGCACAUGUACUAAGAACAGUCACCACAGUUAUACCAGAGCGUUGCAGAGGCCACGUAUACACAAGUGUUAAACAACGGCUACAGUGUGUGGUUGUAUUGGGACCUGUGGAAAGGUGUAGGUGUUCAUGGACAUCUUAAGUUUUAUCAUGUCUGCGUAAGCCUGACAUAUAGUGACUAAGUAUUAGGGUUGUAUCCCAAGUUAAAAUGGUAGUUAUGCAUUUUUUUCUUCGUAAGUAAGAGGCAUGGCGGGUUUAAUCCUGAUGGGUUUUCAAUAAAGAUACCAUGUAAGUCAUUUAUUUUAUUAUGAAUCAGAAAAAAAAUGUUUUAUCUUCAAGAUUAUUUAUGUCUCCUUUUGUAUAUUUUCUAACAACAUUACUGUAAUAUGGAAAAGCAGAGUGGGUUGUAAAUAGCUAAACCUUAGUUUUAAUUCCAAAUAGGUUACUGUCACAUCCGUUCUCUGCCUUUCCGUUUCCCAUGUGAAAAUGUUUGUACCUUUUUAGCAAGUACCAAAAGUAUGAUAACUUAUCUCGGCAAAUACUUUUCUUUCUAUAACUGCAAAAUGAAAUGUUAUUAAAAUGGCUCGGGUUUGAGCGUAUUAAUUACAUCACAGUGAAACUUUUCAUGCGUGUUCGAAUGUGUUGUGAUAAUUCUGAAGUUUGAUGUUUUGGCUUUUUCCAAUCCAUGUGUUGAAGUUAGUACCAAGACAUAGAAGAUGAAACGGACAAUCCUUAGAUUUUGUAUAUAUAGUUUUGAUAUUAGGGGAAACCAUAAACUCUACGAAGGAGAGAAUAAAGUUCCGACAAGUGAAAUGCAAAUGUGACCAUCCUUAACUUAGGACGUUUGUGUUGAAAGCGGCACGAGUAUAUGUCUCCCCUGUACUGCACUUCAGAAUCUUAUCAUGUGUUUCCUUUUCAAGCAACAGCAAUUUGAUCCAAGAGAACUAUUAACUGAAGUUAGAUUAGGCAGACCUGGUACUCGCUCCUUCUUCAAAACUAAUGUUUCCGUAUUCAGUGUAUUUAUCUGAAUUGACGAAGGAAGUUUGAAAAUGGAACUUGAAAACAAAGCUACCAGAAAACCCUAGAGUACUGCAAACGUAUUUUGUCUGCCAUUAUUAACUUAUGUAGUGUUUCCCAUUGGGUGCAGAGAUGUAGUAGCUUCGGCAUCUAUUUUAUAAUCGGUGAAAUACAAAGUCAAAAAAAAAAAGAAAGAAAGAAAAAAUGCCUUCAGCCACCGAAAAGGCAAGAAAAGCUUCAGCUUAAGCAGGUGGAGAUUAAUGUAAUGGGGUAUUUUUUAGCUUAAGCAAGAGAAGAAGUUUAAUGUUAUGGGAUAUUAAAAAAAUAGUUGUCACAUGUCACUGUGCUUUAUUUUACCGAUAAGCUUCAGGAGAAGGUCCUUUUGUCUUUCCUUUCACCUCUGUUAACUUUUCAGCGUACGAUUCCCAGACUUAGAGGUGAUACGUCAUGGUAUAUGUCAAGUGACUUCAUGUUCUUGGUCUUGUGCAUAAAAUAUUUCUCGAUAAUGCAAUGCUAUCGGAAAGACCAAGCUACAUAUUGUAUGAUACAUACGUCCUGUGUACUGAGUACAUGUGGCAUAUUAGCGUAGGUGUCUCUUCUUCGGAGUGUAAAUAAGUAAACUGUCUUUCUAUGUGCAUAAAUUAAUGGAACAAGGCAACAAAUUGUACCUCCAGCGCGAAGUCUGAUAAACGUUGUAAUAAGUCCAUCUUUGUUGCCGUCUGAAGCAAAUUGGCCGUGUUGCUUUGGCAUGUCGGCGAGUCUCCACGCAGACGCCCUCGGGAGCCGGAGAGGCUGCCCGAAGGAGCCGCCUUCCCUUUGUAUUCAUCUCCUUCCAGGCGGUUCUGAGAGCCCUCGCUACCAUCUCGCGGCUUGCUGCUAAGCCCUCUUGUCACUUUUUGU